AUGGCAAAGAAGAAGAAGCUCCGCAGAUCGAAGGUUGAUAGAAUUAGUAAGCUUCCUGCCCAUCUGAUACAACUAAUUCUCACGCCCUUGCCCAUAAAAGAAGCAGGCAGAACAAGUAUAUUGUCAAGAGAAUGGAGGCACCAUUGGAGAAGCAUCACCCGCCUUGUGUUUGAUGACGAGUUUUUCGAUUCACCGGAUUAUAAUUCGGAUGAAGAAAUUAGUGCAAAUAAGCUAAUGUCGAACGUUCAAGAAACUCUGCAGGCUCAUGAUGGGCCUAUCACAGAGUUUGUGCUUUCAAAUCCUGAAUUAGUAACUACUGUCAAGAUUGGCCCCUUGAUUUCUCACCUUUCAGGAAAAGGGGUCUCGGAUCUUUCCCUUCUGUACCGUAAAUACUUUGACCCGGAAAAGUUUGAACGCGAGAUCGACUCUUCCCUUUUUCAUGCAGUACAACUGGAUAGGCUAAGUUUGGAGGGGUGUAAAUUCACGGUACCAUCUGGGUUUAUGAGAUUUGCAAGGCUGACAUCCCUUCAGUUAGAACACGUAGGUUUGCCGGAUGAUUUCUUCCAGAGUUUCCUUCUGAAGUGUCCGCUGCUUGAGGAUUUGAGGGUUUUCUACUUUCAGGGUCCUUGGGAACUUGAAAUUGUAGCUCCACCGUGCCUCAAAGUGUUAACCCUGAGAGCGUUUAUUUUAGAUAGUAUUAUUGGCUUCAAGUAUGCUCCACUGCUUUCUGUAGUCUCAAUGCAAGCAGGGGAAAUUGAGUAUGAGAGUCUUGCAACAGACAUGGUCUCUGUAUUUGCUUCUCUCCCUGCACUCCAGCAGUUGUAUGUUAGCUUUGAGUGCCUGGAAUUAAUUGCUGCAGAUCCUAUUCCAUACAGCACUUCACUGCUUGAAAGUUCUCGACAUCCGCAAGUGUGGAGUUCGCCCAAUUUGUAUAAACUCACAAUUCAGAUGCAACCUCGAGGAGAUUUGCAUUUUACCAGGAGGGACUUGAAGCUCUCAGACUAUGAACCAGAUACCGAUCUGGAAGCUAAAGAUGGUUGUUGUCAGCGUCUUGAAGAAGUCGACAUUAUGCUUGGUGGGGGCUCUCAGGUUGAGCUAGACUUGUUGAGGUUCGUGUUGGCCAAUGGCCCGCUGCUGAGAAGGAUUGUCAUUGAGCCUGUGGAGGAAAUGACUUGGGAAGGAUGUCUCGAGUUCUUAGAGGAGAUUAGACAGUAUGAGUGUGCUUCAAAAAAAGCCGAGAUCAUAUAUGUGAAUGAGUCUAAUCGGAUAGUCUUUAGGACGAGAUUGGCAAAUCUUUAG